GCUCUGGGUACCUGCACGAUACGUUCGACCAUACAAGGAUGGCGUGGCAUCAGGGACUGAGCAACCCCAUCCCUGACUUCAACAUACACUUAUAUGAUGAACAAGGAAAAGUGACAACGGGCCGAAAACGAGGGGGCCAACGAAAUGCACCUGCCACAUGGGGCCAAGUGAAGAACCUAGCUAAUCAGGCUGAACAACUGUUGGAAAAAACAAACCAAGAGAAAACGGCAGAGAACUAUAUGAUGGCAUUAAUAGCCUCCUUAAAUGCCAAUUCUGUACUUUUGUUAACAAUCAUUAUUUUCAGUUUAACUAUUGUCCCUACAGAAGGGGGGCCGGUAGUGACUGGGGGGGUUCGUCUUAAUAUAUGGGAGGUAUUUGCAAAGACUUUAAACCUAAGUACCUUCUGCUUAACGGAGCAGAGGGCGGUGGGGGAGGUGCUAGGAUCUUGCCUAAUACCAGUGUGCCAUAAUCCCACAGACAUCAACAAUGAUACAUGGUUUUAUAAUUCUCUAGAACAAAAUUCUACCCUUAGGGCCUUAGGGUACCCUGGGUACCAUAAUUGGGGAAAUCGACUAACACACAAGCCGCGUUUUGCUGUUACCCUGUUAACACCGCAUGUUGCUAGUUUUAAUGUUAGUUGUGCUAGAAUGGUUAAUUGUACCAAAAAGACUUGUAUUCAAUUCCCAAAAGGGAACUUCAAUUGCUCAAGUAUGGUUAAUAUAUCAUAUAUGUAUGAGUACCUACAAUUGCCAAGGGGCUGGUUCUGGUCCUGCCCCGGAUAUACCUUUAACUACAUUCCAGCCAACAUCAGUCAUGAAACUCCAUGCUGUCUUAGUAGGCUGUCUUUGGUUUUGCCUCAAAAGGAAGCUAAGGGUACAUCACUCACUAAGACAAAACGAAGUGUAUUCCUUGAUGAAAGCUGUAAUAGUCACGCGGCCCUAAUUAGUAAGGCCGAAUACGUCGCACUGGCCGUAUCCCUGGUUGGGGUGCCCGGUCUGGCGGCACGAAACAGUAAAAACAUUAACGCCUUAGCCUGCUCAGCAGUAAAAGCCUUAAAUACAACGUCUAGAGCUCUAGCCUUGUUAAAUGAGGAACAGAGCAAAUUAAGACAUGGACUUUUGCAAAACAGAGCGGCCAUAGAUUAUCUUUUAAUGCAACAUCAUUAUGGGUGUGAAAAAUUGGAUGUAAUAAACACCAAUAAAUUCCUGGGGAAAAUUAAAGAAAAUAAAAACCGAAAAUAA